UCUCUCUCUCAUCCGCAGCCCUCCGACGAAACUAUGUCCAAUCUCGACGAAGCCACUUAUAAGAACCUUUAUCCGCUGAGGUUUUACAAGGAUGGUAAGACGCGUGUGUUUUGGGAUGUGGAGGAUUACCCAAUCCCAGAUGGUCUCGAUCCUGCUUCGAUUUACCAAAGAAUGAAAGAAGCUGUAAAGAAGCAUGGUUGUGAUGCGGAGGUGACGAUUCAUGCUUAUGCUGAAAAUAAUACAUUCUCGGAUGAACUGCGUCGUCAAUUUUGUGAUGCUGGAUUCAAAGUCGAAGUCUUUACCGAAGGGGAUAAAUAUGUGAGACAUUGCGCCAUGUAUGCUGACGUUAUGAUUUGGACACUGGAAAACCCUAAACCAUCAAAUCUGGUUGUGCUCGCAAACAUAAUGGAAGACGACUUCGGUUAUAUAUAGAACAUCCUAAACCAUCAAAUCUGGUUCUAUGUUAUUG